GUUCCAAAACGCGCCCCCACGCUUUUGCGCCCACGACCCCCCGCGACUCCCCCGCUAAUUACACAACUCGCCACCACCGUAACGGGCAACGCCCAGAAGCGUCCGCCUCCCCCUCCCUCCGAGGGCGAGAUCGGAACAAGGCCCCCACCCAACCACCGCCGCCGCCGCCACCGGCGAUCGCCGGCGACCCCCGGGCCACGGGAGGCGCCCCGCCCUCCUCGCCAUUGGAGAGGACCUUCUCUCCUGCUCGGAUUCGUUUGCUCUGGUGGUGGUGGUGGGGCUUUGCUGGCGCGAGGCCGCGCCUGCCAUGCCGGAGACCGGGCCCUACGGCCACAAGAAGACCGACGGCAUCUGCGACGGCGUGUGCGGCGAGCCUGCGUCAAAGGCAGUUCUGACCAUGUCGAGGCUGAGAUGUGCACUUCGGGGAUUUGAUUUCAGAGCACUAUUGGCCCUAUUGAUAGGAGUGCCAAUUCUAAUUUUAAUGAUAUAUGCUCAUGGUCAGAAGGUCACAUACUUCCUCAGGCCAAUAUGGGAGUCUCCUCCCAAGCCCUUCAAAACUAUCCCUCAUUACUACCAUGAGAAUGUCACCAUGGCGAAACUCUGCAAGUUGCAUGGGUGGAAAGUCCGGGAGACCCCACGACGUGUCUUCGAUGCUGUACUAUUCAGCAAUGAGCUCGAUAUUCUUGAAAUACGUUGGAAUGAACUAAGCCCCUAUGUCUCAGAGUUUGUGCUGCUUGAGUCGAACUCAACCUUCACUGGAUUGAAAAAGCCCCUGCACUUCAAGGAAAAUCGUCAUCGAUUUGGAUUUGCUGAAUCACGGCUGACAUAUGGUAUGAUUGGGGGAAGGUUCGUGAAGGGAGAAAACCCAUUUGUUGAGGAGUCAUAUCAGAGGGUUGCCCUGGACCAGCUUAUUAAGAUUGCAAAAAUAGAAGAUGAUGACCUGUUGAUCAUGUCAGAUGUUGAUGAAAUCCCAAGUGGCCACACAAUUGAUCUCCUGAGAUGGUGCGACGACAUUCCUGAGAUCCUUCAUCUUCAGCUUAGGAAUUACCUCUACUCAUUUGAAUUUUUCCUGGAUGACAAAAGUUGGAGGGCAUCGAUACACAGGUACAGGUCUGGGAAGACAAGAUAUGCACACUUCCGGCAGACAGAUGAGCUUCUUGCUGAUUCAGGGUGGCACUGCAGUUUUUGCUUUCGCUACAUUAGUGAUUUUGCCUUCAAAAUGCAAGCUUACAGCCAUGUCGAUCGGAUUAGAUUUAAGUACUUCCUGAACCCUGAAAGGAUUCAAGAUGUUAUAUGCAGAGGGGCGGAUCUUUUUGACAUGCUUCCUGAAGAGUACACGUUCCAAGAGAUCAUUGCCAAGUUGGGGCCGAUUCCAAGCACAUUUUCUGCUGUUCAUCUUCCUAGCUAUCUGCUACAGAAUGUUGAUCGGUACAGAUACCUUCUCCCAGGGUACUGCAGGAGAGAAAGUGGGUAGAUUUUGAUGAUCUACACUCUUCAAUCUGAUGUGCAGGCCUGUCACUGCCAUGUUCUCCACCUCCGAGAUUGGCUGGCCGUGACGGUUGCAUCUGAUAUGAUUGGCUAACUUAGCUGGAUGAUUGCUUGGGAUGAGUGGCUAUGGAUGAUUUCAUCAUCCUUCACUGUGCAAUCUAACACCGGACGACCCUACAGGCUACAGCAUAGUGUAUGCUCGGUCGUGGCAUGGUUACCUUCCCAGAGGAGCUCAUUACCCUGUGGUAGCCACCACAAGUUCACCUGUCAUUCAUAUUACUUCCCUGAUUGAUACAUAAACUGAGAACUGCUGUAGAUUGCAAAAUCAAGUGAGAUUUCAGAUUUAUAUGCUGUAGAACUAGCAUUACCCUGCAGAUAAUCCACACAUGCUUUUAUUCUCUCUUUC